AUGUUUUCCCACUGGCUCAACAACGUCUCCAACAACUCGCCGCCGCAGACCGUCAGUGCAAAGUCGAUUACGACUUUGAGGAGGUUGCAAGGGUUGGAAGGCUGCGAGAACUUCGAAGAACUUAGGAUGGAGAGGGUGAGAGAUGGGAGAGAUCGUCCGACAACAAGGAGGGGGUACCGAGUCGAAGAAGCUCCAGAGCGUCCGAAGACCACACGGGGUUAUCGUGUCGAAGAUGCUCCAGAGCGUCCAACGACAAGACGGGGCCAUCGGAAUGCCAGAACCAGGUUUCCAUCCGCGGUUGCAGCAGGCCCAGCAAGAUGCAGCGGCCGCUACGGCAGCAUCAACGCCUCCGAACCACCCGGCGAGUCCUUGGGCUUCGAAUACAUCAAUGCCGAGACCCUCGCUCAGCUGGAAGGCAGGCACCUCUUCGACCCGGAACCAGCACGUCCAAGCAGACAAAUCGAACGACAGACCCCUCGAACGUCAAAAUUCAGCGACGACUCGGACCCACCAUCCCGCCGAAGACCAAGCGGCGUCUUCAGAUCCGUCAGCAAUAGCAUCAAAGGCUCCAUACGCCGGGCAUCGUCGCGUCGUCCAUCGCUGCGUCGUCCAUCGACCAGCUCCAGCAGGCCUGAAGUCUCCCGACCAACGGACUUCCGGGAUCUUGACGCGAGAGGUGUGAGUCCGGAUAAAGUCCAUCCUGACAGGAAAGCGAUUCCGAUUAUCGACGCUCAGGAAAGGUUCUUGCCGAAUCCGCGGCCGAGCUGUCCGAGACUGAGGGGUGAUCUUCGGGGGGUCUUCGAUCGACCGGCAGACGAGGUCGUUGUUGGGGCUCCAGGGCCGUCAAGUCGCGAUACUUCGGCGAGGCAGCAAGCGACAGACGAAGACAAAUAUCCGUCUGCGCUCCGACGGAACAAAUUUCCAAGAUCAAAGCGGCCAGCACACCUCCCGCACCCGAUCGACACACCACCACCGCCGCCUGUCGAGACACGUCGACGCAGAGUCAAGAUCCUCGGCUCUCCAGACCGCACAACGACCAUCGGCGACUUCAUCAACUAUCACUCCUCCCGGUCCAGCGACGAGCCAGAUCGACCAACGGAGGAAGAUCUCGCAUUCCCAGACGUCAGGCCUCUUCAGCUGCGCUCAAAGCGUAAAACGCUCAACCUCAAAGCCGACGCCGCAUCACAACAUCAAGCGUCUCCCGGUCUCCGGCAUUCGUCCAAAGCGUCAUCCCAACAAGCCCCCCGCAUGGAUGAACACUUUCCCCCGCUCGCAGACCUCUUCGACGAAAUCGACGCCCAAAUCGCCGAAUCCUCCAUCCCGCAGUCCGAGAAGCCGAGAGUGAACGAGGAAACGCAUUGGCUGUACGCAAUUCUCGACCGUUCGCCUCCGCAGUCCGAAGGAUCCAGCGGCGAGGGUGGGGAUACGGAACCGGUGGUUGACAAAUUCGUGCAUCGGGGCCAUACGGAUUGGAGGGUGACGAGUCGGCCAGAUAAGCAGAGUGUGCGGUCGGAUUAUCGGAGGGUUGCUCAUGAGGAGCGUGCUGUCGAGAGCGAGCAGGCGAGGCGCUGGUACGGGAAGCGGCAGUGA